AUGCCAGCUGCUGCUAAAGCCAAAACUGUCGCCAAGACCAAGAAGGUCGUGAAACCAAAGGCCCCAAAGGUCAAGAAGCUUCAGGCUGCCAGUCCAAAGAAGGCUGCUACUCCAAAGAAGGCCGCUAAGAAGCCAGCAAAGAAGGUCGCCGCCAAGAAAUCUCCAGCCAAGAAGGCCGCCCCAAAGAAGAAGUAA